AUGCGUAAAUCAGACUAUAUAAAAGGAGGUGGAAGGACGACGGAGUUAAGAAAAAUUUACCUUUUGGUCUCUCUCUCACUCUCUCUGCGUUCCUUCUUCAGACAAAACCGCUCCCCACUCUCUUCUUCUUCUUCUUCUUCUUCUUUCGCCGAGCAUUUAUGCUUCCUCGCUUGGAGCCAAAGCGAGGAAGCUGAUGAGUGCUUGGAUUCUCUCCCCUCCUCUCCCUCUCUCUCACUUUCUGACGCGCAGAGACUCCUCAUCCGUCGCAAGGGCGAAUCCCAUUUCAGCUUCUCGGAUCUCUUUCCCGUCCCCCUCCCUGCUGGGCCGAAGGAUACUCCAAUGGAUGUCGUGUUGGAGAAGACAUACGAUGCCAAAAUAGGAAAAGGCAUGCCCGACCUUUAAGCAAACUGGUUCAAGUGGUUGUAGUGAAUGCUUGAGUCUUAGUCGCAUCCUUUCUCAACGGCUUAAACUUGUGCCAGAUGAUUUGUUUUGAAGGGAAUAAUAAUUGGAACACUUUUGCAUGAGUGUUAAUACUAUUUUGAUCUGAAGUAAGUCAUGUCUUUGGCUAAUGCUUUUCCACCA